GAGAGAGAGAAAGAUGCGAGCCGGCCGGCUCUGUUCCACAGGUUCGCGAUUUUCAAGCGUCAUUAGCGAUGCUCGAGCCUGUGGGAGCCUGCACUCGCUCGUUCAAUGGCGCACGACCGCCGGGGACCAUUUGGGCUCCAUGGCCGCGAAGCGGGGUCCAAUCGAGUACAAGGCCAGAAUAGCUAAAUCGCCGCGUCGUGAAAAUUGCUGCGAGGAGCGCGACCGGCGCGCAGAAUACCAAUAAGUUCGCUCAUUCGCUCUUAGCACGCGCGCGCACGGGGCAACUUGGCCUUGCGUAUAAUUAACAGAAUAUCGAUACUUCGUUAACUCGAUACCCCGGCCCCAAGUUACUCACUCUCGAUAAUGCGGUUAUGCCCGGUUCUGCCUACCUUCGGCAUCCAUUUACGAGUUGCGCGUACCUUGAGCGGAGAAAAUCGCAGGGAAAAGAAACUCGGCUAAAGCUGCGAGACGAGUACAUCCCUUUCGCGUCUCAUCGUCGCACCGACGAUUGUUUCUGUGGCGACGGCAGUAGCCUCGACAUUAAAGAGCUAUCUUCGUAAUUCCUGAGUGCAACGAUCGACUGGAAACGGCGGAGUAUCGAAAGAUUCUUGCGACUCGGUUUUGGACGGCGGCCAAGGACGGAUUGCCCAACUUCGAUGCUCGCCUCGCGAAGACGUUACCAAUCGUGCCCUUCCCUCCGUACCCCUUCGCCCCCCGCCGACGGACAAUGUCACGAGGACGAUAAUUGCUAUGCGCGAUUACGCGAGUCGGUGGACAAUCGCGAGUCGACGCACGUAUGAGCGACGUCGUCGCGAUCGGCCGCGUAUAAAAGCGCGACACCUCGGGAAGCCAAGCAUCAAUCGACGAUCUUCGAAUCGACGAAUCAACUCGACCAAGUCUUUCUCAUCUACUCAGCAACCGCAGCCGACAUGAAGUGCAUCGCAGCUAUCGCUCUGUUCGCCCUGGUGGCAGUCGCGGCCCUCGCGGAGGCCAAACCCACCGUCGGGGUGGAGUCGUCCGGGGUCGUCGAGCCGGUGGCUCAGGCCGAAGCUGCCUCACCGGAAGCGGCCAGGAACAAGCGAGGGUUGCUGUUCGGCGCGGCUUACACGGCACCAGCGGUCGCUUACAGUGCAUACACCGCGCCGCUCACGUACUCUGCAUACAGUUACCCCUAUGCGUACACGGCCUAUUCGAGCUACCCCUAUUACGCCGCCGCGUACAGUUCGCCCUACUACUUGGCCUAGAUACCGUACGGACCGCGGUGCAGCUCUCUCACACGUAUACGCACACACACACACACACACAUAUCCACGCAUACAAAGCGAGGAGCACAACACAACACGCGAAACCGAGACUCCAAGCUAGCCCGACGACGACGACGACGACGACGAUGGCGACGAUGGCGACGAUGGCGACAACGUUGAUUUCGACUGACGACCGGCUCCCCGCACGAACGACACUCGCGACGUGAUUACGAAGGAUUCAUCGUUGGAAAAACACGACGGAGGAGACUACCGUUGCCUUGGCUACACCGAGCCAGAAA